AUGCCUGUGUUGUACAAACACAGAGACAAUUUGGGGGAUGGGUGUGGGUGGAAUGAAAACAGACAAGCGUUAAAAAUUAGUGGAUGGUACGAUUUGGAAUGGAAAGACGAGUUUAUUGAGUGGGACCCGCAAGAGUACGGCAACCUCACUAGGGUGCAUAUACCUAAAUCUCAACUGUGGAUCCCGGAUAUAACGUUGUACAAUAAUAUCGAUGAAGAUUUUGAACGGAUGAAGUCAAAUAUUCCGUUGAUCGUAAGACAUACUGGUAUGGUGACUUUAGCCACGCCAACUAUAAUGACAAGUUUCUGUAAAAUGAACAUGAAAUAUUUUCCAUUUGACGAACAAAACUGUGAACUUGAAUUCGGGUGGUGGGUCUACCACGGUGGACAAGGAGACGUCAGACCAGACACCAGCCCGAAAAGUGAACAGACAGAAUUUAACCCAAACGGUAUAUGGGAACUUAAAAAUGUAAGCGUUGAAUAUCUUCAAUUGAAGUACAACUGUUGUCCCCAAUUGUAUCCAAAAGUGGUCUACAGAUUGCGUCUAAAGAGGCGUGAGCGGUUUUUUAUCGAGGUGAUACUUCUGCCAUGCUGUCUUCUGUGCGUCUUGACAAUGUUUGUGUUCCUGUUGCCGCCAGAGAGCGGAGAGAAAAUGUCGUUCGGGGUCACUACACUGUUGUCGAUUCUUCUAUUCCAACAGAUGAUAGCCGAAGCGUUGCCACCUUCGUCCGACGGUACACCGAUAAUUCAGACUUAUUUCACCAUGCUGAUAUGUAUGAGCUCUGUAAGUAUCGUUUGCACUGCGUUUGUGCUCAACCUUUACAACCGUGGACAGACAAGUCAUGUUCCGAGAUGGAUUUCAAAGUUGCUUUUUGGGAAAAUUGGAAACGUGCUCGGAAGAUCUAAGAAGUCUAGUGCAUACUUCAACAGACACAUCACGCGAAUGUGGAGAGACAACAGCAGAAACACUGAAGACGACAUUGGUCUAACUGAUGGAAAUACAUAUGUUAAUUGUAUUUCCGCCAACCAUCAUGCACAUUUAGAUGAACACUUAUGCGACACCGAUUCAGUGGUCACACAAAUCCCUUUACUUAGCACAUCAUCACCUGAAUUGAAAUUAAUACUGAAGGAGCUUCAGUCGUAUUCAAAAGAAAAGCAGAAAGAGAAAUUGCAAAAUGCAACGAUGGACGAUUGGCGAAGAGUGGCGAUCUUUGUCGAUAGGGUACUGUUUGUAAUAUCGUCGAUUACAGUUACCAUAGCAACAAUCACAGUAAUCGCACUUAUUGAAACUUAGGAUUUCGAAAAUUGUGGAGCUGACUUUAUCAUAUUUAUAAAAAGAGCGUAUGAGGCCGUACGCCCAGGCUUACCAGUGGAUGAGCUGAAGUGUGGUUCAUUUAGCACCGACGGCCGUGAGUGUGGGGAAGCCUCAACAAUAAUUUCAUUGCUUAAUGACCAUCAUUACCUCAGCAAACAGAACAUUACUUAAGGGCUGAGUGAAAAUCAAGUAUAUUUAUGGAUUCACUCGGUAUAACCGCCCAGCGUUCUGUCUACUAUACGUCUUACCAUGGAGGAAUCGUGGUCUUACUAGUAUUCAGCGACGAGAACUUUCUACAAUAGUGGCAUGCGUAGAAAGCUCUGCUACUUGACGUAACUCUAUAUGAUCGCCGUAGUCUGUGUAAUAGUGUCAUCAUAUUUGUAAUAAAAAAAAAGAACAGUUUGCCCUACGUCACAUGGACUGUCAACGGUGUAUUGCCAACUACCAGCCUGUUGUUGGUUUGUUAUGCUAAGGCAUUUUUGUAAUUUAUUUAUAAUUUUCUUGUAGACAUACAUUUACUUUAAAUGUUAUUGAUCCAAAUUCGAUUGUGCUUAGUUUUAAAUGGGGUUAUACCAUGUUUGUCGCAAAUAAGAAAUUUAACGGUUUGAUAUGUUUAGUUAAGCAAAACCUCAUUAACUUUUACUGUGGUAAGAGAGUUUCGAUUGCACUACAACGGUAAGAUCGUGGUGGUGGAAUGGGCCGAAACACAAUUAAGAGUAAAUUAGGUUUACAUUAUAUUCCCGGUGGCCAAAGCAGCCCCGUUUGCCCGAAACGUAGUGUGCAUUGGGAUUUUGGUCAUUUUUCUCACUGUAUAUAUCCUUGUAUAUACGUAUGUAUCCUUGACUGGCAGUGGGGAAAGGAGUUGUCGAGUCCCGGAGGCUCAGAGGCGCACUCGAUUCGGCCCGCGGUCUACCAAGGAUGCCAAUACGUUCCCUCCCGGCUCGCCACGUUCUGAUGUGGUCACUCACGUUUUUCACGUUUGGAUCAGGGUCUGACACGUUUUUCACGUCCUGACAAGGCUUCUAUGGACCCCUUGAAGCUUUGGAACAUCGUUUGUACCCACGGUAUAAAAAGAAGGCCUCUGAGGCAAUAGCAAUCAUUGUAUCCUUUUUUAUUUGUGGCGUUUUCCCUUAUGCUUCCCGCCCCACUACUGACCGCCUCCAAGUUUUGUUACGGCCUAUUACGCACUGUCAGGUUUUGUUGCGUUCACCCCGUUUUAUUACGGCCUACUUGGCUUCUCAUCCACACCGUGGCUGCUGUGGCAAAUUUGACAGUUUAAAAUAUGCGCCGGCAUCCACGGCAAUCACGGCCUGUCGUGUUUGCCCAUGCCGUCCCCCCGCGUUGUCUCACGUCCAUCCCGUUCGGUUCACGGUGUGGCCUAAAACGUGGCUGCCGUGGCCAUCGAGUUCGAGACCGACGCUCGUCGCAUUGCUUGUGUCUUUUGGGCAAGACACUUUACUUAUGUGUGGCAAAGAAACUGAUUGACAACAUUGCACCCUUAAAAUGUACUUAUAUAAUUCAUAAUACCUAUAAAUAUAAGUUCGAAAACAGUAGUUAAAACAUUUACCAACUUUGUAUAAUUUAGAAAGAUCUGGUAAUUCAUAUCAAAUAAUAUUUUAAACAUUUUUUUAUUGUAAUUUGCAUUACAACCAAAACUUAUUGUGGAAGUUGUAUUUUAGAGUAAUAAACAUAAUUUACGCAUUACAUAUAAAUUGUUAAUAAGUAAUUGGAUGAUUUUAUAAGAAUAGAUUGGUUAUUUAUAGACUAAUAACUGACAAUCAUUUAUAAUCCUUAUAACUUUAAGUAAUUGAUUUUCAUUCUUGCAGCAUUUCGUUUUAUAUACUGCUUUGCCUGUAUGUUUAUUAUUCUGUGCC